AUGGUUAGCAAUCUGAAAGAAGUUUUCUCCGACUUAAAGACUGAUCUGAUUAAGAACGCCGAACGUCAGAUAAAAGACACAUUCAUGGAGCCGGAACCCGUAACUUCAUUCUCCUCGAUAUUAAAAAACAAAACGAAACCAGCAGUCAUAAUUGAACCUAAGAAUCCCGAACAAAACUUCGCCCAAACGAAAACCGACAUUGCUUCUUCCAUCGAUCCUGCUAAUGAAAAAAUCCAGAUUGCAAAAGUGAAAAGUACAAAAAACGGCGGUAUGUUGGUCGGUUGUCUAUCUUCGGAUCAAAACUUGAGAUUCAAACAGUUGGCUCAAGAAAAACUAGCUAAUAGUUACGUAAUACGUGAAUUAAACGGUAUAUCUCCUCGUGUCAGGAUUGUCGGAUUCUCUCAAAAAUAUGAAGAAGAUGAAUGGGUCGAACUUGCCGAUUAUAUGAAGUCAGUUAAUAAUUCCAUUUUCAACGUUUCGUCCUCUUGCAAAAUUUUAAAAUUCUGGGCAACGAAGAAAAAACGGUCUACGUACCAGGCUCUGCUGCAAGUAGAUAAAAAAUCUUACGACAGAUUAAUGGCAGCUGGCGGACUCUUUAUCGGGUACGAUUACUGUAUAGUUUUUGACGGACUAGAUGCUAACCGCUGUUUCAAUUGCAACAAUUUCGGCCAUUCGUCCCGCGUGUGCAAGGAGAAACUUUCCUGUCCAAAAUGCAGUUCUGAGCAUGAAUUAAGUGCCUGCGUAGCCGAAAACCUGAAAUGUAUAAACUGCAUUCGAAUGUCUAUCAAAGAAGGCAAACAAUUUGACACAAAUCACGCGGUCUGGGAUAAUUCCUGUCCCGUUUACAAAUCAGCUCUUGAGAAACUUAAAGCUGAUAUUUUUUCAACAUAG